AUGAAACUGUGGACAGAUUAUCAUUCAGUGUGGAGUGUACAUGUAAUGGACAACAGGGCUCUUUACUGAGGACUGAGUCCACAAAAUAUGGCACUGCCCUCAGUGAUGAAAGAUGGAGAGCACUGAAAGUGACUUACUGGACGCUCUAAAAGAGCUGCAGGAGACGGAUCUGAAAGAGUUCCAGUGGCGUCUGACCAAUGGUGUGGACGGUUCUAAACGGAUUCCCAGGAGUCAGACGGAGAACAUUGACAGACCCGACACUGUGGACAGGAUGGUGCAGUAUUAUGGCCCAAAUGGAGCUGUGGACAUCACCCUGAAGAUCCUGGAGAAGUUAAAUCUGAACCAGCUCGCUGAGAAGCUCAGACAGAAGAUGAAUCUCAGAAAGCGUAGUAAAGCUUUCAGUAACAACAAUCCACAACAAUCCACAACAAUCACUGGAACAGCAGUUCGAUUGAAGAUGGAGAAACACAGUCAGGCAAUUGAAGAUUUAAGAUCUGAGAAAGUGAGGCUGGAGCAGAAGGUGGAUGAUUUAAGUAUGAAUCUGGAGGAGGAAGUGAAGGAUUUAAGAUUAAGAGUGAAGGACCUGGAGGACAUCAUAAAGAGAACGGAAGAAAAAGCAGAUCACAAAUCAGAUUCUACUGAUCCACAUGUUCCACAAGGUUUUCUGGUACGCAGUGGUGCAUCGGGUUCUGCUGAUCAGCCUGAUCCACAGGGUUCUCAGGGCCGCAGAAGAGAACCGGGUUUUAGUUAUCUGACUGAUCAACGGAGUACUGAGGACCGCCGGGGAGCUUCAAUGCCAUGUUUUACGCAGGAUUCCUGCAGAGCAGAAAAGGAUUUUAUUGUUGCACCCAAGUCUAGAGACACAGCACUUUCUAUUGCUAUUCAGAUCGGCGCAUCAUUCAGUGGAUACAGUUUCCAAUUUAGAGCAAGAAAACAGAUUCGGAGUCCUAAAUGGGGUUUAGAAUAUGGUUAUGAUACCCCCCAAACACCUACCUGUAUUCUGUUUGAUGAAGAUGGAGAGUUUUUAAAGUUUGGUUAUGAUGCUGUAAUGACAUACACCAGGCAGACAUCAAGAAAUGAGGCACAGAGGCUGUACUACUUCGACAACUUCAAAAUGGAGCUCUGUGGAAAGGAGUUACACAGAGAGCUGAAGAUAAGAGACAGAAGUGGUAAAGAAAUGAGAGCUAUGAAAGUUUUCUCUGAGAGUCUGAGGUUCAUUAAAGAUCAUGCCCUGGAGACGAUCGGAAAGCACACAGCUGGAAGGAAUUUCUCUGCCUCUGACGCUACAUGGAUUCUGACAGUUCCAGUCAUUUGGAGCUCUGCAGUUAAACCGUUCAUGAGAGAAGCAGCUACAGAGGCUGGUCUGGUGGCAGAGUCUGAUGCUGAAAGACUGAUUGUAAUUCUGGAAUCAGAAGCUGCCUGUGUGUGGUGUAAAAAAUUACCAAUUGAAGGCUUCAUGGAAGGAGAUCUUGAAGAAUCAAAGACGAUAGAAGAUGUUCCAGGAACACAGUACAUGGUGGUGGACUGUGGAGGUCUCCGGUCUGCAGAAUUUCCCCUUCUCACAACAUCCAGAUUACACGAUGAAACCAUUGAUAUCACAGUUCAUGAGGUGAUGGAUGGAGGUCGUCUAAAGGAGCUGUACAUCGUAUCAGCAAAUGACAUGGGUGGACAGACAGUGGACAAUAACUUCAGAUCAUUCCUCAGAGAGAUUUUCUCUGAUAAAGUGUUUGAUGAGUUUGAGGAAAAUCAUCCCACUGACCUACAAAAGUUAAUACUAUCACAGGACACCCAGCAAUAA